CUCCAGCUAGAAACAGACUAGUCAGAGUUCUUGUCUCCAGAGAGCGACGUUUUCUGUCUCUCUACCACCACUCAGUCUUUGUUCCUUAAAACUAGAGCCAUGGAAGAGCAGCAGGAUCAGCAAGCACAUGAACUCCAAGCAGACAAUAAGAAGAUUGACAUGUCCUUAGAUGACAUCAUAAAACUUCAAAAUGAAGAAACUCAGCCUACCUCAAACCAACCAGGGCAGCUGGGGAGAAAUAGAACUUUUCAUAAACAGAGAUUUUUCAGAGGAGUGCAAACCAAUAAGCAAGGACUUAGAAAUAAACGGUACUUGAAACAGCAGGGCUAUUCAGGUGUUAAAGUUCAAAAUAAUGGUGUUGGUCCUAUAACUAGAAGGCAAGCUGCAUCACUGAAAGGAGUGAGUCCCCUGAACCGUCAGAAUUCAAAUAAACAGAAAACACCAAACGGCAAAGGGCCUAAAACUCUGAGAAAUCGUCAAGAACGCCAGAAAGGUUAUAGACCAUCCUCUACACCUGUUCAAGGUUUACAGAGAAGAAUUAAUACACAGAACAGACGAACGCAGUUCAGUUUGACAAACAGGAAGCAACAAUCAAAUGAAGUCAACCAGACAAGAGGACUUACAAAACAAAUAACCCCAAGAAGAUACACAAGAAGAUGGCAAAGAGAAGAGGGAUUUGGAUCAACUUUAACAGUUUCUCUUCCAAAUCCCAAAGCAAGCCAAAUGAAAAAAUUUUCUGGUCCUGCAAAUAAACGACAUGAUGGGAGAUUUAGGAAACAAACAGCGAAGUCCACAGAUCCACCUCCAAAGGGAGUCCCAUUGAGAUUUAAUUUCCGAGCAAUGGGCAAUCACACCAAUGUUACCCUCAAUGAGAGGUUCUCCAGUCUCAAGAUUAAAGGGCAGUUUACAACAAGAAGAAGAGGUGGAAGAACUGUUAUGCUUGCUUAGGACAGAGGGCAAGGAAAAUAAUAUAGUUGAGAGAUAUCAGUUUUUGACAGAUUUGUCACCAUUGACUGAAAGGCGUUCCAAAAUUCCAAUUUAUUGUUAUAUGAACAUUACCAUUAGGCUAAUGCCCCACAAAGAGGUUAGUCGCCCACACUAAACCUCUGAUACUGCAGGCAAUUAAUCUCUCUUUGUGUUUCUGAAGUUGCAUGAAGUUUCCUCCUGCAGACAACUUUGUGCAACUUCAGAAAACAAAGCAACGCUUAUGCCUUUCCACCGGUGAUUCAAACGGGGAAAAGAAAAAAUUCUGGAACGAAUAUCAAGACAGCGAUUUUACCUGGCAAAGACCAAGCAUUUGCUACAUUUCACAAAUGUAGCAGUUUUGUGUGUCAAAAUGAUGCUAUUAUUUAGAUAAAAAUGUAUCUAUGUUAGAAAACCAUAUAUUUUAACUUAUACUGAGUAGUGUACUGAGAGAUUCUUUUACAAAGGUGGGUUCAGAUUGUUUAAGACAUAUGACCAUUAGCAAACAAGGCAAGGCUGAUGAUCAGGAUGUGACGGCGAACCAUAAUAAAACAGUGUAGAUAUAUGGAAGAGGAGCUAAAACCAAACAACCAGGAACUAAGGUAAAAAAAUUUUUUUUUUAAAAUAUAUAUUAUUUAAUGAUCACCAAUCAUUUUGAGAUCACCAACUGAUAAAUCCCAAGGAGUGAUUAGCAAUUGGGUGAGUUUUUCUCUGAUGAGUGUUAAUUUCAUACUUUGAUAAAUCUGCCCCUAUGUCUGGUUCACCAUUUUGUUGUGUAGGUCCUUGUCUUGUUUUUGUGUUAGAGACUUUUGCUCAGUUAUUCACCAAUUGUCUUGCAAUGGGGCUCUGACAGGUUCCACCAUAGAGGAGACAAAUAACCCAGGUUCUACAAAUGCAAAAAAACGCAAAAGACAUUGGCUACCAACCUAAGCUGGCUAGUACAGAAAGGGUUCCUUAAGGGCAUAAUAGUGUGCCCAAUAUCUAAUGCAGCUACCUUAUUGUGAUUUUAUAAAAUAAUGAUUAUAUGAUUAAGUACAAUAGAAAAUUAUAUCACAUAAAAACAGAAGAAUUGAUAGUAUGAAUCAAGUAUAGCAGCAGAAGUCAAGUCGCAAUUGCAUUGGUAUACUCCCUUUAUAUGCAACCCUUUGCAUUUUACCAGGUAAAGUGAUAUUCUGAAAAAUUGAAUUGGUAUUUUUUUUUUAAUUAUUUAACAUUUUGGUUAGCAACUCUCCUGUUUGGAAUCCCAUCUGUUAAUCUGGUUCCUGGGGUCCAAAUUUCCCUAGCAACCAGUCAGUACACACUAGAAUAUAAAUAGGAAAGGAUCUGGAUAGAAAGGUAAGUAUAUUAUAAGUAUAGUAAUAAAAAGUAACAAUAACAAUAAAAUUGUAGCUUCAAGGAGCAAUAGAUUUUUGUCUUCAGGGGCAGUGAAAACACCCAUUUGAAAGAAGUCAAAUAAUUCAAAAUGAUAACAAUUAAAAAAUGAAUACUAAAUUAAAAGUUGCAAAGAAUGGGACAUUUUAACAUACUAAAAGUUAACUUUAAGGUGAACUUAGCCACAACUGCACAUACAAUUCAGUUGCAGGUGAAAAAGUGCAUUCGUUCAAAAAUGACUCCAGUGCAUAUAUUCUAUGGCAAACUGUAUGCACCAAUUAAUCUGCAUAUGCCAGCACUGAUAUCUCUCCUGCUCUGCGCUUGUAACUUUAGUGUCGGAGCAGGUUCAGAGGGGGCUGCAUCACUAGUGCAGAGAGCAAAGGUUUUGUGCUCUCUCACUAACAGAGCCGAAUUUACAUUUUAAAAAAAUGACUCUUAAAGUUACCAGAGGCAUCUUUUGUUUGAACCUUGCCUCGUGACAGGCAUAUCCUAGUGCAUCAAACUUAUAGGAUAGCUUAUUGCAAUCGUAUAACACAAGAGAACCCUUUAAUGUUUCAAAGAAAUGACCCAUUGCCAAAAGAUCACAGGCAUUACCAUGUGUGAAACGCAAGACUGGAUAAGGCUGCUGUGCAAGCAGACACAUUAUAUGUAUACACUUAGGUCAAGGGCACAUGUGGGGAGAUUGGCCUAAAAACCACAAAGGCAGGCAUUCGGACCAAUCUGCACUCGGUGUAGCUGGCCAAAGCUGAACAUGUCAGUGCAGCCACAGGAAGCUCCUGAUUAUAUUGGAUCCGCUUCUCUCUGCCCAAGAUGCAGGUGGAGAGAAAUGUUUAAUAUGCAAGUGUGCCCUUGCCCUUAGGCUACUGCUGCACAAGGCUUAUUCUGCCCCGUGCUAGCAUCAGCCUUCUCCUGUACCUUCACCCAGACCCAGCACGUGGGCCUGACUGCAGGCACACGGAGCCUUAACCUAAAGGAAUCCAUACAUGACAUGCGGUUGUGU